AUGAGCAGGAACAAUGGCAAGGGGCCGAAGCUGGACCUGAGGCUGAGCUUCUCGCGGUCACGCGGCGGCGGCGGCGGCGGCGGCGGCGGAGGGGGUCCAUCGGCUGCGCCGCCGGGAGGUAGCAACUCGCCGAGGAGGAUGUCUUCGUCGUCUUCUUCCUCGGCAUCCCCGCCGAGCUCGUGCGUGUCGUCGGAGGGGAGCCCGGAGGCUGGCGGGGGCAGUGGUGGCUCGGCGAUGAUCCUCGCGGGCUGCCCCCGGUGCAUGAUGUACGUGAUGCUGUCGCGGGAGGACCCCAAGUGCCCCAAGUGCCAGAGCACAGUGCUCCUCGACUUCAACGACGUGGGCGCCGACCACCGCAACCCAGGGUUCGGCUCCGGCAAGGUCGGCAAGGGCAAGCGCGGCUGA